UGCUUUUUUUCACCCACCCAAUAACACACUACCAAGCUCUAAAAUCUUCUCCUUUCCACAUAAAAAAGAUUGCAAUAGAGAAAGAAAGAACAAGACCACAUCUAUAGCACACAGAAUCACCAAAACAGCCACAACACAACACAAAACUCUGCUAUAUUCCUCUUUUGCAUGAAAGAGAAAACCCUCUCAAUGGCUCACCAAUAUUCCUCCUCUAAUGAAUCUGAUAGCCAGAUCAUUCCUCCUCAACCAUUCAAAUUGAAGAAACCCCACCAACCCAAAGGCAAACAAAUGGGGCAAGAACAAGAAAACGAGUCUCAGUAUCUCGAGGAAUUAGUCUCUGACUCUCGGCCACGAAAAUAUAGUGGCAAAGAUAAUAACAACAUACUUGGGCAAAUCCCAUCUGCUUCGAAAAUCCACAACAAGGUGGAAAUUGCAUUGGAUCACAAUGCUACAAAAGAAGGAAUCACAAGUGUUGAAGGUGAUCAUCAAGAUAGUGGACGUGAGAAGUUGAAGAGGCAUAGAGUGGAAGUUGCUGGAAGGGUUUGGAUUCCUGACAUAUGGGGACAAGAGGAGAUCUUGAAGGAUUGGAUUGAUUGCACAGCAUUUGAUGCUCCUUUGGUUCCAAGCAGAAUCGUUAUGGCACGAACGGCUUUGGUUGAAGAAGGUAGAAGAGCCACAUCGGGUGGAUUGAGAAUCGAGAACAGGUGUUGAAUUUUUUUCAUCAAUGUUUUAUUACUAUGUGGAUUAUUCAGUUUAUUCGGUGACAAACCAUAUAUUAAUUGUUAUUGGUUAUGUUAUGAAGAAUGUUUUGUUAAUCCUAUGAUGAUGUUUUCUUUUGGGUAUAUAUGUAUACAUUUACAUAUCCUUCGUUAUUUGAUGAUUUUGGAAGCGUUUGAUACCUCAACAAAAAUAAGAAAAAAAUAUUAGACUACUUCCAAAAUCUUGAACCUUAAACGAGUGUACAAAGCCACAUUAGUUCAAUUAAUUCACCUAUACUUGUCUUUGUUGUC